GUUCAAAGCGGGUGUUGUUCAGCCGAUGGUAGUCAGCGCUCGGAGCGUGUAGUGUGUCAGUGUCCGGUUGGGUGCGGAGGCGUCGCAAUUCUUCGCGGUAAACGUCCAGUAGGCGUUUGUAUCAUUCACUGGCCAAGAAUAUUAUCCGCUGGUGUUACAUGUCAACCGAGGUCGAAUCGAAAGCAGAAACUUAAAACUAACGAUUCAGUGAAAGUGGCAGACAGAGCGGUGACAGCGAGAUUUCGCGCGUGUUCAAGCCGGGAGGCGCAUGUUGCUCUCCUCAAGGUUCGAUCGACCUGAAGACAGCUGGGAGAAAAUCGUUCGGGAGGGAUGCUUUGAAACACACACACAGUUAUUUCAUUCAAGGGUGAAAGGCCAUCCGAACAGAUCGAGGCAUGCCGCAGUAUUGGCCGAACGUGGCCCUCGUCAGGGUUGUUCUGCCACUUGUCUUGACAGGAUGUACGGUAUGGCGACCUGUGGGACUGUCCCUGGUUUAUUUAGCUCUGAUGCUAUACUCACCCCAUGUCCCCAUACCAAAUGCGAAGACAAUGGCUGGCCAUACGGGACAUUAUUUGAAGACCUGCAUCGGCCUAUCUUUCCUCACAGCCACCAGUCAAUUAACCUUCCACAUAGUUCUACUGGCGUUGCCUGCUUAUGGACACUUUCUUCAAAAUUGCGAAUGGAUGGAAAUGAUCUUCAGGCACAUAGGUUUCGUGAGACUAGAUAGCGCAUCUCCUUGGGAGAUCUUUUUCUGGUUAACCCCAGAAUUGGUUGUCCUACCCACUAGCAUAGCAGUGUAUUUUAUAUGUCGUUUCCUGUCUCGAAACUCCGUCACUGACGAAGAAGAUGAUGCAUCGUUGCGUCAAGGUGCAACGAACACUAAAAAGACCGAGGACAGUAAAACAAAGGCCGUCAAUUUCCUGGGUCGUAUCGGAACCUAUGUGGUCUUGGCAUCAUUAUGCAUCACAGCAUCCCUGAAACCAUCAGUGGAGGGUGGUUUCUACUUCGUCGUCUUCCUAGGAGCAGCCACCUGGUGGGCAUGCAACAAAGAGCUUCGAAAGGGAUUCGCCGUGCUUUGCAGGAUCGUGAUGAUCAUCGUGAUCAUCCAUCUACUGGUCCUCCUAAGCUAUCAGAAUCAACUGCCUCAGGAAUUGAUACCUUUGAACAGUACCUGGCAGCGUUAUCUCGCUUUGACUCCGAUCUAUCAGACGAAAUGCAGUGAUCCGAGAAACGUGGACUAUACUGAAAAUGCUGACUGGUUGAUCUAUGGAUACUGUUUGAGACUGUUUUGGCUGUACUACGUUCUGGCUUUGCAGUCUCAAUUCCUGAGCAAAAAGCCGAAGCCGAUCGUUAAUUCGUCGUCUCUACCUGUCGACGAGCGCACACCCUUGAUGCGAUUUGGGUCCGGAAGAACGGGGCUGCUGCAAGAUUCCACCGGAAGUGUCAUCGUUCAAGAUGGUCAUCAGGAUGACAGUAUUCAAUUGCAAAGUCUUAGCGAAGCUGCUCCUGAUGAACAAUCUGGUAUCAUCGAACACAUCAUUAUGGCUGUGUACUCGAUUUUCCAAUUGAUCAUCAAUUCAUCUUACAUCGCUACCAAUAUUAUAAUGAUGACUUGGAGCAUAAUGUAUCAUAGUUGGACAACGUUUGCUCUGUUACUAUGGGCUUUGAUCCUCUGGAUGGCACCUAACAAAAGAGCAGCGAUGAUGAAGUGCUCUCCCUUCAUCGUUCUAUAUGCAAUGCUUCUUCUUCUUUGCCAGUAUAUUUACAGUAUGGAUUUAACUGAGGAGGAAUUACCAACAGAGAUAAAUGGAGUAAAAAUGUCGGAAAUUGGUUUUAGUAAAGCUGAUCAGCAAAGUCGUUGGCAUUUAGUGGUCAAAUGUAUAUUCAUAUCGAUGUUCUGGAUCACGAUGAGACAGUAUAACGCUGAAAGAAUUAGACAGAGACGUUCCUCAGCAUUGCGAGACAUGGUAGCUCCAUUACACGUGUCCGUAUCGACAGCCACCACUGCCAUGAACCAAGAGGCACCUGAAAUCAAAAGUAAAUUCAUGAAGGACGUUGGUAUCGUCCUGAAGAAGUUACUUACGAAAUUCUGGAUCGCCGUAGUAGCUAUCAUGCUCUUCAUAUGUGGAAUCACUGGCGAACGUAUGACGGUCUUCAGGAUUGUCUACAUGUCUCUCUUCCUGGUUCUAGUCAUUACGUUCCAGAUAUCCUGGACAGUAUGGAGGAAGAUGAUGUACUCAUUCUGGCUCACAGUCAUCGGGUACUCGGUGAUUAUGCUGAUUCUCGUCUACACUUAUCAAUUUCAUAAUUUCCCGGAAUAUUGGAAUUACUUGCGCAUAGAUAAGGAUCUACAAAUGGACAUAGGAUUAGAGAAAUACGAAACCAAAGAUCUAUUCGUUAGGCUUCUAACGCCAACGUUCUUCGUCAUCAUCACUGUCCUUCAGAUUCAUUAUUUCCAUAAAGAUUUCUUGGAAGUGACGAAUAUCGAGAGAUUCGGGAGCGAGAGUAGCACUAUCAGACGAUCCAGUCUUGGCCAUUCACCGACUCUUAACAUAUUACCAAACAACCCUGCGGAGGUUUUUAUUCCUGAAGAGAACGACGAAACCAUGUACACCUUACGGCAAUUAAAACGUAUGUCCAGAUUGGAAAGAAUUGCAUUAUUCCGUAAAGUAAUUGGUCAUCUUGUGAACUUUUACAAUCACACCUGGCUGUUCCUUGAAAUUCAUAUGCAAAAGAUUAUCUUCAUUUCUGUGAUACUUCUUUGUGUAAAUGAUGUCUGUGCUAUUAAUUUCGUGUUCGUUGCGAUAGUGGUUAUCAUGAUCAAUUCUAAGAGGACCCUUCAAAUUUGCACGGUCAAUACAAUUGCAGCGAUCAUCGCUAUGUUAUUGGUUGUGAAGAUGCUUUAUCAGAUUCAGUAUAUUGAUCAUAAUAAUUGGAACGUUAAUUGCACGAGGGACACAGACGAAUCUCAACAUCCUUACGCCAGUAAUAACACAGUAUACAACAUAGCAGAGUGGUUUGGAAUGAAGAAAGCAAAGCCAGGACACCUGGCAGAACUGCUAAAAGGCUACAUAGGGAUUAUAACAGUGACGACACUGAGAAAAGUCAUCAGAAUUCGACAGUGUUUCUAUCGACAACAGCGUGGUGAACCUCUGGACACGCCGCAAGUCAUGUUCCCAUCGAUCACCAGAGCGAAUGCUGAUAAAGGGAUCCAAGAAUGCCUGAAAUUCCUUUUCAAUUAUGGAUUCUACAAGUUUGGCGUGGAAAUGUGUCUGAUAGGAAUUGUGGCUCUGAUUGGCACCAGAUUGGAUUUUUACUCGGUUCUAUACAGUAUCUGGUUGUUGCUGCUCUUCUCCUUGAAGAGAAAAACUAUCUCCAAAAUUUGGCCCUUCUUCAAGUUCUUCGCCAUAGUCCUUUUACCUAUACAGUAUGCUCUGGUCGUGUCACUGCCCUCCUGGUUGUGUCUAGAUUAUCCAUGGGGCAAAUCUACAAUACUGAGGAGACUACAGGAAUGGAUGUACUUCCCUGACCCAGAUUUUCCACCAAAUCCUAGGAAAUUAAUAUGUGACUUUAUCUUGCUGAUGAUGAUCGUAAGACAGAGCCUCGUUUUUCAAAUCGAGCAACGAACCUCCGCGGCUGGAGAGGAAUUUCCAGCUGGACACAAUUACUCCGUGUACCAGAACAUGGAGAAACCAAAUUUCGUGAAUCCGGUGAAGGACUACGUGUCACACAUUCACUCGUGGUUAGACAUCGUGAAACGAGGUGUAAUGAUGAGUCUCAUGUGGAUCACUUUGUCCAUCAUGUUCUUGGCUGGAACCAAGAGGACCAACCUCUUCUCCUUGGGUUAUCUGAUCGGAGCGUUCAUAUUCCUCUGGCAGGGCAGCGAUUUUUAUCUGAGACCAGUCAAGACGAUCCUGAAGUGGUGGAAUCUGUUGAUUGGAUACAACGUUACUGUGAUCUUCUUGAAAGCCUUGCUUCAGGGUAUAGGUUGUGUCCUGAUAACAGAGUUGGAAACUUCAGCAUGUCCAGUGAUCCAGUUGUUUGGAAUAAGCUGUCUAAGGAAGUUUCGAAGUUCAGCCAGUGAUAUUGUGUUGGACAAAGUUGAUUGUGAAGUUCCUCGCGAGGACAUAGGCAUGGUUUGGGACGGUCUAUGUUUUGGCUUCCUUUUGCUGCAGAAACGACUCUUCAAGAGCUACUAUUUCUUCCACAUAGUGGACGAAACGAAAGCCAUGAGUGUGUUAGCUUCUCGAGGUGCUGAAUUACUGGAGGAGCUACAUCAAAAGCGUAUUGAAAUCCAGGAUAACGUGGAGAGGAACGUGCUGCAGAAGUUAAAGUUCAAGAUGGACAAGAUCAAGGCCAAUCAGAGGAAGAUACAAGGACCAAGUUACAGAGAACCUCAGAUGCACAAAGUUGAUACUCUCUAUCCAGGGACACGGCCGUUGUACAGAGUUCGCGCUCCAAAGACCUACAAAGAGGCUAUUAGAUCGGGUGAUUACUACAUGUUCGAUGAUCUGGACGACGACGAUGUGACCGAUUUAAUACCCGACACCGAUUCUGAGAGGAAAGAACAAGAACUUCAACAGGAGCAAGAGAGACGUUCUCGAAGGAUGACUAUCUCCGAGCUGAUGAACACGCUGAUUAAGACAGACAUUGAGAUUGCGACGCACGUCGCCAUGUACGGAGGGACUGAAAAGGACGCGCUGAGACUUCGUCGUCGGAGUGUACCCUUAACAAGGAAGAAAUCGUCUAUGUCCUAUCUAAGUGCACGUUCCGAGACCGACACAGCAGUGGCCACCGAUGGCGGUGACAAGACGAGUCUCACGUCAGCCGACAUCGAAACCGAAGAAAAAGACACGUCAGAGGUGGAACCUGAUAAGACACCACAGCCCUCGGACGACGAGUAUGAAGAAGAUAAAGUGGAAGAAAAAGAAGAAAAGGAAGAAGAGGAGAAAAAAGUGUCUUUGAGCACAUACUUUAAAUUCCUUUUCGUCAUGAUUAACAGCGCCCUAACUUCCAUGACGAAGUAUAUGAACAGAUUUUCAAGGGACUAUAGAUACAUUCGUAAAGUUCUAGCGAUAGAAAAGAAAUUAUUGAAGGCAAAACCAGAUUUUCGAAUGGGAAUGAGGCUAGGUAUAAAUCAAAUGUGGCAGCCGAUACCUUUGAUUAAGAAGAGAUCCUCGAUUAAUGGAAUUGCCGAGGAAUCUGUCGAUGCUGGCGAGGGUCCUAGUCAACCUCGGCCACAGGAAGAAAGGAAAAGAAGCUCGCUGACGGUUCCUCAGAUCCGAAUUCUGGCGCCAAGUUUGGAGCGAGGAUUGGACUUGUCCUCCUCCAGCACACUUUUCUCUGAAAUGUCACCUGUUCCACACGACGAGGAAGUGGGAGAAUUAUCGGAAGUCGAUCAACCCCCGAUAAUACAAUUACUGGCCUCUAUUUGGUUCGGUGUAUUGGCUCACUCGAGUUUACUGUGUUACUUCAUGGUGUUUCUUCAUCAAAUUAAAAACGCCUCCAUUUUGUCGACACCUCUGCCUCUCAUGGUGUUUUGCUGGGGUUCAUUGACUAUUCCGCGACCCUCGAAAACGUUUUGGGUUACCUUGAUCGCGUAUACUGAGGUAAUUGUUAUCGUAAAAUGCAUCUUCCAAUUGGAACUGUUGCCCUGGAACCGGGAUGCUGCACCCAAUAAUCCUCUUUUUACGCCCAGAAUCGUAGGGGUUGAACGGAAAUCUAAUUAUGCCUUAUGGGAUUUAUUAUUACUCCUCAUGGUAUUCUUCCAUAGGUUUAUGUUGAAGUCCUUGGGGCAGUGGACAGCACCAACCCUUAAGCCAAGAAAAAUUAUUCCCUCCAAUUUAACUGUAGUUCCAUCUAAACCUCCUCCUGAAGACAGAGGGCAAGGGGAGACUGUGCCACAACAACCUGAAGAGGGUAGUACUCGUAUAAAAACACCGUCAGGGCGGAUUUUAAAUAUCCGUGGUGAAGGUGAAAAUCCAGAAACCCAUGAUGAAAAUGAAAGACUUGUUGCAGUUCAGAGUGAAGAAUUAAAUCCUCAAAAUGAAAAAUUUCAAAAAGCUAUGAAUAUGACUGUUGAAAAGUAUAUGGAACCGCCGAAAAAUUUCUUCAAAAUGAUUCUUAGUACUUGUGGUAAAGAGAAGACCAAUGUAUACGCAUAUAUGUUCCUCUGUGAUUUCUUCAAUUUUCUACUGCUCAUUUUUGGAUUCUCCGCGUUUGGAACUCAACAAGGGGAUGGCGGAGUGACAGCUUAUUUACAAGAAAAUCGAGUACCCAUGCCCUUCUUAUUAAUGUUGUUAUUGCAAUUUGCAUUGAUAGUCAUUGAUAGGGCUUUGUUCUUAAGAAAAUCCAUCUUAGGAAAAUUGAUCUUCCAGUAUUGUUUAAUAUUUGGUGUCCACAUGUGGAUGUUCUUCAUUUUGCCAAGCGUGACUGAACGACAAUUUAAUGAGAGGCUUCCACCACAAAUUUGGUAUAUGGUCAAAUGUUUCUAUCUUCUAUUGGCUGCCUAUCAAUUGCGACAGGGUUAUCCCACACGUAUACUUGGUAACUUCUUGUGCAAGGAAUACAGCAUUGUGAACUAUGUUCUCUUCAAAGGGUUCAUGCUGGUUCCUUUCUUGUUCGAGCUGAGAGCUGUUAUGGAUUGGAUCUGGACAGACACAUCCAUGGCUAUCAUGGACUGGUUCAAAAUGGAAGACAUAUUCGCCAGCAUUUAUCAAAUUAAAUGUAUGCGAGGCGUAGAAGCGGAUUUCCCUCAACCACGUGGGGUCAAGAAGAAUCAGAUGAGCAAGUACCUAGUGGGUGGUGGUGCUUUGUUCCUUAUGAUAGGACUGAUAUGGUUCCCACUACUUUUGUUUGCACUUGGUGGCACUGUUGGCGUUUCCAAUCUUCCAUACGACGUUUCUAUGAAGAUUAGAAUCGGUUCAUACGAGCCUAUUUACUCCAUGUCUGCUCAAAGUAGUUCCAUCAUUGAGUACAGUGAUAUAGAAUUCAAGAGGCUUACGAAUUUUUAUUCAAGGGAUAGACCUGCAGUUACUUUCCUAGAAAAUUAUGUCCAUUCUGAUGUUGCUGCAGUUAAACUGAGUGGAUUUUCCAGAAAACUGUGGAGUAUAUCUCCACCAGACUUACAAAGACUGAGACAAGAAUUAGAAGACAACAGCACCACUGUCAUCGUUCACGUGGAAUGGACAGUGUCACGAAAGACAGAUGCCAAAGACGUCAGUGGCAUAACGACGAAGACUCGUGAUAUAAAAUUGUUCCCAUUCGUCAACGAUGAGUUUAAUCCUGUUAGAAGAACCUUAGCUGACAUGUUAUCGACAGACGAAUCGACUAUACAUAACGGCACUAUCCUACUGCAAAAUGUAUUUCCGAAAUUCUUGAAAGUAACCGGUCGCGACACCGACGUGGUUCCCCAAUUGAUGCAUUUAUCAAGAAGAGACGACGAGGAUACAAAAGAACAUGACGAUAGCUAUCUUUAUAGAAAUAUUAGUCUUCAUCUGUCCACUGAUAUGGAAUGCUGUGCCCACCAGAAAUGGUGGAUCGUCAGUGAAGCUUGUGAUGAUCCAUUGUACGAGCAGUUGUUAAGAAGAAUACCUCUGAAUAAUUGCAAAUACAUCAUGAUGUUCUUGUUUAAUGAAAAAACAUUCCCUGAAGGUUUGAGCUUCAUCAGUGGAUUAGGAAUUUUAGGUUUGUAUACCACCGCGGUCAUAGUGAUAAGCCAAAUGACUAGGAAAAUAGUUAGUGACAUGGCGCCGAAGAUUAUGUUCGAUGACCUGCCCUAUGUGGACAGAAUCCUCCGACUGUGUUUGGACAUUUAUUUGGUCCGCGAAAGCGGUGAAUUGUGCCUCGAAGAAGACCUGUUUGCCAAAUUAAUAUUCCUCUACAGAUCACCAGAGACGUUAAUCAGGUGGACAAGGCCUCCUGAAGAAGGCGAACGGACUGAUAAUGAAGAUCAAGAUGAAGCAGAGGAGGAGGGAAGGGAAGAAUCUCGAGAAGCUACUCGUCGUGAAUGAACAUUUUCAAAAAUGGAACACGAACAAUAUUAUUAAGGUUUAAACCUGAGUUAACCCUUUGGCCUAGUUCUUCUUUCAAAAUAUAAAUAGCUUUACGCACUUAUGAAUAAUGGCGUAACGAGUGAUUUGGAAAUUAAGAAAAAGAAGCUCAGGAAUUUAUAACUCUAUUUGUUGUUAGAUUGAUGAAUGAAGAAAUUGUUCCUAUCUUCAGUGAUUAAUAGUAUGCAAUUGUACAUACAAUGAGGAAGUUGAUUCGAAAAGUUGAAAAAGAUGCAAGAAUAAGAUUCUUUAUUUCACUGUCCUAGUUUUAAGCGAAAUUUUUACUUUAAUAUUUAUUUAUAAGAGAUUCGCUUAGGUAGCACAAUAUAUGAAGAGACUAUUGUGAUUAUGAAGUGCUUUUAAUGUGUACGAAUGAGUUAUCGUACCAUAUGUGAGAUGUUUCUUUUUUAUCUGUAAUUUAUUUAUAAUUCACGCCCACGUCUGCAUUUCAAGCAUGAUUCCAUUUCAGACUGCAUUUUUACGAGAUAAAAGCAUGUUCAUCGGAAAACUGCCGUUAGCAAAAUCUUUAGUUCUUUUUUGUACGUUUUUCUAAUCAUCAAAACAUCAAGUUGUCAUUUACGAAUAGCGAAGAUGGUAGAGCCUUGAGCGUGUUUUAUAUAUUACAUGUUUGAAAUGAAGAUUCGUCUUUACGAUGACUAUCAUUCUUUGUAAAUAUUACAUUAUACGAUGCGCGUUUUCGCUGAAACAUUGUAUCAUGUCGCCUUGAUAUGCCUUUUAAGAGUAUCUUCAAAUAUAAAUCAUGUUUCGAAUG